ACGACAUCCACGACCUUUCACGACACCAGCUAUCGACGCCAUGUUCAAGGGCAUUCUCCCUUCGAAGAGGCUCUCUACCUCAGACUUUACCAUGGUCACUGCACCUCCUGCGACCGCUCCCGUCAACGGCAAGGAAAACUGGCCGUCGGAUGGCGCCACAAACUACAAACCAUCAAAGCCAGUCCUAUACAAGGGUACGACCAAGAAGAAUGAGAAGGCUAAACUUGUCAGAGCAUCUGUAGACAAGCCAGAGGAGCCACUCGUCACCGAGCAGGCCUUUGACAAGUUGCUGGAUGACCUCCAGAUUCCAACCUCACUUCGCCCCAAGUUGAUAGGGAUGGACUCCACUGUCAAAGCUGCCAUGAUCAAAUCUUCUCACACUGUUAUUGCCAAACCACCUCCCUCACCGCCGCACACGCCCCGCACUCUACGCAAGGCUCACAGCAGCGAAUCACUCGUCUCUCCUCCACGGCCCGGAGGGUUUUACAACCCCACGAUCGGAACGAGCACCGCCGACUUAUCCUCGCAUACCAGUCAUGAGCGCGGUGUGUCAAUAGACAUUAUGCGCACAAUGUCUCGCGCCGAUGGAGCAUUGGUAACCUCGAGCGAUUUCGCUAAACCCAAGGACAAGCUGAAAAGCCUUACUCCUGUCAAACUCUGCAGCAUACUAUCCGGCAACUCUAGCACUGAGCUAGAUGUAGAAGUGGUCAAAAAACUGCGGCUGCUCCUCAGGAAUGAGUCGGCAAGUUGGAGCGAGGAAUUCAUGCGUGUAGGCGGCUAUAACGCCCUUUUAACCAGGCUAAACGAGAUCCUGGAAGUGGAGUGGCGGGAAGAGCAGCACGGAGACAAGGUCCUGCAUGAACUUCUCCGCUGCUUCAAAGCUCUAUCUACCUCAUCUAUUGGAUGCUUCGCUCUCCGUAGCUCAUGCCCGACACCCUUCGUUCAGCUGGUUGCGCUUCUCUACUCAGACAAAAAGCCUGGAGAUGUCGCUACCCGUCAGCUCAUCGUUGAACUACUUCUAAUCAUGUUCGAGCUCUACCCAGCUUCGUCUCUUCCUUCGAUUGGGUCCGGACGACGCCGCGAAGCAUGGGAAUCGCAGGAAGCUUCGAGUGCUUUGGUCAGACUGCCUGCGCCUCACAAAACACUUCUGUCACUCAUGCGUGCUCUCCUACUUACCCCUGCCCCUCCUCCGGCCGAGUCCCCUGGCGCCCCCAUCUCUCCUCAUGCUUUUAUCGAGCAACUGCACCGCCCUCGGAUCUACAAGACCUACCUUCAAGAGCUCUCGGAUGUGUGCAGAGAUUACUUUUGGGUAUUCUGUCAUCCGAACAAUACUCUUUGGAACCUCGGCGAGGUUGAUGAAGGUCGCGUUGAGAAGCCUCGGGCGCCUGGGGGCAUGACUGGUGGUGUCGAGUUUGAGGCUAUGACCUACUUCACUUUGCAUUUGCGGCUGAUCAAUAGUAUGGCAAGCUUAGCGCAUGGCAUGAAACUCCCUAAAGAGGACGAUCUCUCCGCUCACCGCUUGCAUGCUGAUCUCUUUAGCUCUGGCUUUGAACGUAUCAUACUAAUUGCUCGCAAGGCAUCAACAGCAUACUACCCCACGCUUCAUCUUGAGCUUUCCCGGUACAUCUCUUGGACAUCGCUGGCACGAUAUGAAAUCCCCUGGACCAUUUCUCGCCUCAUCGGCCCUCCACCUACUAACUUGUGCAAACCUGUCGGCUGGCAAUCUGCCCCCCAAACUCCAAGACACCCUCAAUCCUCGACUGGCCGAGUCCAGGGACCGCGGGCGGCGAGCCCGUCACCAACGAAGCGCUCGACGAAUGUGCCUGAAGAUUUUAUAAACUUACCCCCUCCAAAGAGGAUUGAGCCCCUCCGGUUUGACUAGAUGAGCACGGACAUCUAGUAGAAGGCAUAUACGACUGUUUCCACAUAUCUUAUUUCGAUCUGCGUCAUGAUCUUCUUGCUUUGGUUUUCUGCUUUUCAUCCACGACAAGAAUCUAUGAUCCCCUUUCAAUAUCGAAUUGUGAACUAAAUAGCAUUUGUUUUGUAGUACUGUACAAACUAUAUGGACCGUGAACUUGACAUUGCC